AUGGUGAUGGAGUUGGUGGAUGCUGAGAUAGAAUCGGAGGCCCAGGUGGAGCUAGAAACUGAGCUUGAAGUGUUGGUCGCCGAUAAAGUCGAGGGUGCACGAGUAGCCCCCGAGCUAGAAGCUGACGUGGAGGCUGCCAGGGCGCUGCAAGUGUUUCCUAUUGUCCCGCCAUCUGAGGUGAGGGCGUCGACUAGUCACGUGGCGACUACCUCUUUGUCAUCAAAGGCUAGUCCAUCAACCAGCUGGGUGAUGGCCCCUCUCGGCUGCCAAAAUUUCACGCCGAAACCACUACCCUCCUCGACGCCAUUGUCGGUCAGCCAAGCACCGCCUCGCCUUCUGGAGCACCGCCGUGGCCCCCUCCCCAACCCCCCCAGCGUCCUCCCAGAGCACCACCGCCUCACCUCCCAAGCUUUGCCUUGCCUCCCAAAGCACCGCCGUGGCCCCCUUCCUCAUGCCCCUCGACACCGCUGCCCUCCCAAAGUGCCACCGCCAGCCACGCCCCAUUCUCCACCACCGCCCUCCCGGAGCACCACCGCGGCCCCCUACCCAACACCCCUCAAUGCCGCUGUCCUCCCGGAGCACCGCCGCUGGCUGCGCCCCCCUCUCCACCUGCCGGCCUCCUGGAGCGCCGCCGCCUCGCUUCCUGAGCACCUCAUCGCCUCCUGGAGCACCGUGGUGGCCCCCUUCUCAACGCCCCUCAACGCCGCCACCCUCCUGGAGUGCCGCCCUUGGUCGCGCCCCCUCCCUACGCAUGGGCCCUCCCCCAGCCUCCGCUCCUCCCUGACGUCGCCGACCACCUCCCCGACGCCACCGCGCCUCCCCGAGCCUCACCUUCUCCUCGACCGCCACCGCCAGCCCUCCCCGAGGCCGCCGCACCACCACCAGUACAACCCCACGCCGAAGGACCUCUUCCUCUCCUUGGGGCCACAUAGUUAG